CUCGUCGUCCAGUCCCGUCGACCAUGCAACAGAGCGUGCCACCCAUCCUCCUCCUCCUUUACUGCGCACGAGAGACGAGACUCCAGCAUUGCCAAGGCUCCGUCUUCCCCAGCUUCGCCAAGAGCGCCUUCUUCCCCGCUUUCAGAUCGCCCGGCCGGCCGACCCGCCCCGCCCCAAGGAGCAGUCACCAUGCCGGACACCAUGCUGGAGGACCUGCCGGAGUGGCUCGUCGUCGACGAGAUCCUGGUCCGGCUGCCGCCCAAGGACGUGCUCCGCUGCCGCGCCGUCAGGAAGUGCUGGCGUGCCGCCACUUCCACCGACAGGUUCAUCCUCGACCACCACCGCCGCCUGCCGUCGCUCCCCAUCAUCGAACGACACAACGAGGGCAUCUCCUGCCUCGCCGCCGCCGGAGAUCAGAACAUACGACACAUCCUCCAGUACACGCGCGAUCCCGUUUCCAACAUCGCCGUCAUACACCACGCCGCCUGCGAUGGCCUCCUCAUCCUGUCGCGGCAGUCCAGCUUCUACAUCUGCAACCCGGCCACCCGCAAGUGCGCUCCUCUGCCACGCCCUCCGCUACGGCCAGGAUUCAGCUCCGCCACCGUCGUCGCCUUCUACCGGCACCAAGCGUCCGGAGAGCACCGGGUGCUCUGGGCGAUAUACUCGGCACCCAUGGCGAGGGGCGCCACGGUCGAGCCGCCUGGUUACUUCGUCCUCCCGGUGGGAUCGGACCAGCCAAGGUGUGUCCAAUGGCCGACAGUUUUAGAGAUUUUUCCGGCGACCCGGUCCUCGGACUACCCACCAGUCCACCAUAGGAGUGGCCUGCACUGGGCACUGGGCCUCGGCAUAACCGUGUUCGACACCCUAACCGAGACAUUCCGGCAGAUGAGCCGCCCAGCCCAGUUGCCGGGCGACAUGGUGUCAUUGCUCGAUCUUGGUGGCGACCUUGCUUUGCGCCGCACAUCGGGUGACUGUGUCACUCUAGACGUUUGGGCAUUUCGAUACCGGAUUGACUUGCGGGUGAUGGAGGCAUCACCGCCGCUUAAUUUGAGUGUGAAGUAUGUCCCUAUGAUGGCUGUGAUCAAUGGCCGUGAGCUGUUGGUCCAGUAUGGUCCUGACCGUAUGCUGCGUUGCGACAUUGACGGCGUGUUUCUAGGAAAUGUGGAAAGCGAAGACCAUGAAAGCAGUUUGAAUCAGUUUGCAAACAGUUUGUCACUUACUAGGCAUCGCCUCCAAGAGAGCAUGAUUUCACUUCCGUUGUUUGAGACGCGACAAGAAGAUGCCGUGAACAAGGAGCCUCCGUUCACCAUAGUUCUGUAAGAUGCGGCGCUCCAUCUUACUGCUUUGGACUCCUUGUUUGAUUGAUGUUGUGCCCCUGGACUAUCCUAUCCCAUAUGAGCCAUGUCUUUUGUUCUUUGUUACCAUUUCGCACUACUACUAGUAGAACUGAACAAUUUGGACGGAGGAAGUAGCGCUUGUGCUAUCAACAUUUGGUGCUUGUUAUUAUUCUAUCUUGAACAUCAUGUUUAUGUUAUGAACAAUUGAGCUUCUAUGCUUUAUAACUGUUCUACUGUUCUCC